AUGCCAUGUGGAGGAGGGAAGAAGAUUCUGGAGCGUGCAGGUGUGUCCUGCACGUACGUGUACAGCAGCCUGGACCAGGCAGCGCGGCGCAUCAACGUGUCCAAGUUCCAGGCGCGGCAGGUGCCUGUCAUGCUGGUCACGGAUGUGGCAGCCCGGGGUCUGGACAUCCCUCUCCUGGACAACGUGAUCAACUACAGCUUCCCACCUCGGCCCAAACUGUUUGUGCACCGUGUUGGACGUGUUGCACGAGCGGGGCGCACUGGCACUGCGUAUUCCCUGGUUGCACCAGACGAGGCUCCCUACCUCCUUGACCUGCAUUUGUUCCUGGGGCGAGAGCUGAGCCUAUCUAAUGCCGGCUCCAGUCCAGAAGGCAGCGGCCUUUGUGGCCGAGUGCCUCAGGUGGUCAUCGACGAAGAGUUGGAGCUGCUUCGGUCGAUGCAGCAACAGUCCGUAGAUCUGCAAAACAUGGAGCGUGUCUGCAGCAACGCCAUGAUCCAGUAUCUCAAGUCUCGGCCGGCUCCUUCGAGUGAAUCAGUGAAACGCAUGAAGCAAUACCUCCGGGAGGACCUACCACCUCACCCACUCUUCCAAGUCAAGUCAACACAAGAAGAUACAAGAGCAAAAUUAUUAGAGGGCAUGAAGAAGUUCAAGCCAGCCAGUACCAUCUUUGAGAUAGGGAACACGGGCAAAAGUGCGGCGUUUGCUGUCAUGAAGAAUAAGCGGCGGAAACACGACAACCUCAUCGAACGCCUCUCGGCAAGGGGCGCUCAAGUCGCGGAGGAAGAGAAACCAGCCACCAAGUGUAGCAGCGCUAGCAGCUCUGCUGUCAUGGCAGGAGAGGAUGAAAUUGAGCGAGCCUUUGCAACUGUGAUCAACAAUAACACCAAGGUGCCCAGCAGGAAAGGUGCCAAGGUCAGCUCAGGCUCCCAGUCCGCAGCCACCAAGAGCAAGAAGGCCAGGCCAGCCUCGUUCAAAGACGAGCAGUUCUACAUACCCCACUUUGCAUCAGACUUCCACUCGGAGAAAGGGCUUGAACUGGAAAAGACCUUUGAGCAGCAGGCAUCCCAGGCAGUGCUCGACCUGACGGGAGAUGACGACAAGUACCUCAGGAAGCAGAAGAACGCACUCAAAUGGGACCGAAAGAGGAAGCGCUUUGUGCGUGAAGACAGUGAUCCCAAGAAAAAGAAAAUCCGAACGGAGAGUGGUGCCUGGAUUCCAGCAUCGUACAAGUCGGACGUCUACAAGCAGUGGAGGAAGAAGGCACAGAUGGAUGCACAAGAUGAAGGAAGCGGCGAUGAUGAAGAGGGAGAGGCUGGCAGUAGCCUUGGAAAGCAGAAAGCUUCAGCGUGCGAUCGGCUGGGAAAGCGGCACAGCGGCCCUGCACGUCAGAAGGGCCCGAAGAAGCACUUCCGACGCGAGCUCAAGACUAAAGAGGAGAUCCUCAAGACACGGCAGCGCAAGGCCCGGCUCAACUAUCACGUUAAGAAAAAACACAUGGAGCGAGCUGCCAAAAAGCGUAGGAAAUGAGGGAGCACACUGGUUGUACAGAAAAAAUAA